AUGAAUUCGUACCUGGAGUACAUCUCGUGCGGAGAGGUGCUCACCUUCUCCCCCAAGUUCUGCCGCUCGGAUCCCCGGCCCGUGGCUCUGCAGCCUGCCUUUCCCCUGGGCGGGGAGGGUGCCUUUGUCAGCUGCCUGCCUGUCGCCGCGGCUGGGGCUCGGCCGGUGCCUCCUGCCCCGGCGCAGCCCCAGCCCCAGCCUCCGACGCCGACACCACCCCCGCCGCAGCUGCCACCGCCCCCAGCCCCGUCCCGGGCCCCCGGCCCGCCUCCGUUUGCUCCGUGCACCCUCGAAGGCGCCUACGAGGCGGGCGCCGCACCUGCCGCAGACUACAGCUUUCUGCCACAGGGCUCCACGUACGACUUCGCUGGCGGCCUAGGGCCCGCGGCCGAAGACGGCGUGGCCGGCCAAGUUCACUACGCCACUUCGGCCGUCUUUUCGGGCGGCGGCUCUUUCAUUCUCAGCGGCCAAGUGGACUACGGCGCCUUCGGCGAGCCCAGCCCCUUCCCGCAGGGUCUCAAAGAACAAGGCGAUGGUCCCGCUGGGGGCUUCCAGGCUGUCUCCCCAGCGCCCGGCUCCUACCCCAAGUCCGUCUCUCCCGCCUCGGGGCUUCCCACAGCCCUCAGCACUUUUGAAUGGAUGAAAGUGAAAAGAAACGCCCCCAAGAAAAGCAAACUCUCCGAAUAUGGAGUACACAGCCCCUCGAGCACGAUUCGCACAAAUUUCAGCACCAAGCAACUUACUGAACUGGAAAAAGAGUUUCAUUUCAAUAAGUACUUAACCCGGGCCCGUCGCAUAGAAAUAGCCCACUCCCUGCAGCUGAAUGACACUCAAGUCAAAAUCUGGUUCCAGAACCGAAGAAUGAAACAGAAGAAAAGGGAAAGAGAAGGAUUGUUGGCCAGCACAUCACCUGUAACGUCUCUUCAGCUUUCUGUCUCAGGUAUGAACCCUGCAAAGUCUGGCAAGAAUGCAGAGAGCCCUGCUCCCUCCAAAGACUCUUCUUCAUAA